UACCGCAUACAGUGAGUGAGUCGUCUCCUCUCCUCCUCUCCUCUCCUCUCCCCGGCCGUGUACGUCCUCCCACGUUAGCUAGCUAUAUACUCUCCCUAGCAGCAAGCUCCUUCCAUGGCAGCAUGAAACACAGAUCGUCCUUGGAGCUAGCUGCUGCUGCUACAUAAUAAGCUAACCUCUAGCCGCUACCUCCCCGACAACUCACCAUCACAGAGAGCAACAUCGCGCGGCACAUCAGAUUGUUCAUGCACGUCCUUGCAGCCCACCUAGGCCCUCCACUCGCGCUGUUUGGGGGUAGUCUCGAGCAUCGGGAUAGCAGUAGCAUCACAAGGGAGCCGGUAGUCGUUGGACGGCGGGCCAUGGACGACGCGGUGUUGCAGAUCGAAGACGCGUUCGGGCUCGCCCGGGAGCUCAUGGCCGAGCUCCAUGCGACCCAGCAGAACGACCCGGCGUACCUCGCCGGGUGCUGCCAGCGCAUUGCCCAAGCCUACCUCGCGGCCAGCCGGAUGCUGGGGCCUCACCCGCCGCACGGCGCGGACGACUUGUCCCCGCGGGCACUGCCGCCGCAUCAUCCCUUCGGCGAUGGCAGUGGAAGCAGCCACGGCCACCUCCAGCAGCUGGAGCUCCUCCGCCCGUUCCUCAGUGGCGGCGGCGCGCCUUCUUCAGCGCCGUUCCAGCAGCAGCACCUCGGGCGCUUGCUGGAGCCAUCGCCGUUCAACACUAGUACUACUUCCCCCGACAUGUUCGGCGCGGGCACGUCGGGCGGCCCGGUGAGGCGGCAGGCGUCGUCGUCGCGGUCGUCGCCGCCGGUCCAGCCGCGGCAGCACAGGAGGAGGUACGUACGUCAUGCACCUGCGCUUGCGCCACCGCCUUGGGCUUGGGCGUACGUUAGGGUCCUUGCCCCUGUUCGUUAA